AUGUGGGAAGCGCUCGCUCUGCUCCUGCUCCUGCUGCUGGUGGUCCUGCCCCUGGCGCGGCUGGCCCGGCUCCCGCGGCCGGCAGCGCUGCCGCCCGCCGGCCGGGCGGUGCUCAUCACCGGCUGCGACAGCGGCUUCGGGCACCUGCUGGCGCUGCGCCUGCACCGCCUGGGCUUCACCGUCUUCGCCGGCUGCCUCUGCCCGGGCGGGGAAGGGGCGCAGCGGCUGCUGCGGGAAGCCGCCUCCGGCUCCGGCCGCCUGCGGGUGCUGCCGCUGGAUGUCACCCGGGAGCGGGACGUGGCCGCGGCCAAGGAGAUGGUGCUGAGCAACCUGCCGGAGACAGGUUUUUGGGGACUGGUGAACAAUGCUGGAAUAUCGACAUUCGGCGAGACAGGGUGGCUGCCUAUGGAGAAAUAUGAAAAAUUUGUGGAUGUGAAUCUCCUUGGGUGUAUAAGGACAACGUUGGCAUUUCUUCCCCUUCUAAGGAAAUACAAGGGACGUAUGGUCUUUAUGUCUAGUGUUACUGCAUACUUCACUUUGGGGAAUGGCAUUUACUCUAUGACCAAGGCAGCCAUAGAAAAAUUUUGUGAUGCCUUAAGACUGGAAAUGAAGAAGUUUGGAGUGCUGGUUUGUGUUAUUCAGCCAGGAAAUUACGCACGUUCAACUAAUGUUCAGCCACCAGUCAAUGCGGAGCAGAUCUGGAAUGAACUCAGUGAGGAGGAAAAGGCAGUGUACAAUAAAGAAUAUGUGCAAGAACGUUCAGACUUUUUCAACAACAUACUUAAGGAAGGGUGCACCACAGGCCAUGAAGUUGUAGAUGCCAUGGUGGAUGCUUUAAUGUCUCCUGCGCCCAAGGCACGUUAUAUGGUUGCGAAGCUAAAGGAAAAACUGUUGGUCUUUAUAUGCACAGUUUUCCCAACUGUUGUGAUGGAUUCAAUUCUGUCUUAUGCACUGAGUAAAGUAAAACUCACCUAG